GAGCAACUGCGUCCUCGCGCGACAUAAAAUGAGGUUGAUGCAAAAAGACAUUUCGCCCAACGACAUUUGGGCAAAAACGGUAUGAGCUCGCCCAACAUGAAUACUCUCAAGAGAUGCCUGGCUGAUCUUCGAUUUACAAACUCGUUCACACACCAUCUCAUUGCUGACGCUCGAACAGCAGGCGAACCAUUUGCUCGUGCGCGAACACCUAGCCCCUUCGCCCACACGCCACGCCAAGUCUUGUCCGCCCACUUUUCAUAUGUUGAGCCUGAACCCGCUCCAGACCCUGUUUUGAUAUCUGUUAGCAAGCCAUGCGGGGAGGUGUUGGGAUUGGAUCUAGAGGCUAUAUUGGCUGAUGAGAGGGAGAAGGAUAGGUUUAUUGGAUUCGUAAGUGGACGGUAUGUGCCUGAAGGGACGAAUCCGUGGUCCAUGGCGUAUGCUGGCCAUCAGUUUGGGUCUUGGGCGGGACAGUUGGGAGAUGGGCGUGCGAUUUGUCUGGGUGAAGUGACAACAGAGGCUGAACAAAGGUGGGAAGUUCAGUUGAAGGGCGCUGGAUUGACACCUUUUUCGAGGUUUGCGGAUGGAUACGCUGUUCUGCGCUCGUCGAUAAGAGAGUACCUAUGUUCAGAGGCCAUGUUCCACCUUGGCGUUCCGACAACCCGUGCAUUAUCGUUGGUUGGGUCGUCACGACGUGUGCAGCGGGAAACCGAGGAGACUGGAGCGGUGGUAUGCCGCCUGGCACCAACAUGGGUCCGAUUUGGGAAUUUUGAACUCUUUUUGUCGAGAGGGGAUAUUCCCAAUCUUCGCCUCCUUGCCGACUGGGUCAUCGCACACCACUUUCCUCAUCUUGCCGCGCAUCCAACAAAGUAUUCCGCUUGGUUAACUGAAGUUACUCACCGAACCGCCAAGACCAUCGCAAAGUGGCAAUCCGUUGGAUUCUGCCAUGGUGUUCUCAACACCGACAACAUGUCCAUACUAGGUCUCACCUUGGACUAUGGUCCGUUCCAAUUUAUGGAUGCCUAUGACCCUCAGUAUGUGUGCAAUCACAGCGACCAUACCGGGCGAUAUGCUUUUGAUGCACAGCCUGGAGUAGGCUUGUGGAAUGUGGCGAAAUUGGCGUCGGCGGUUUCACCUUUGGUUGUGGACGAGGAGAACGGUGAUAAAUCUCGGGCAGAGGACAAGUUGAAAGAGGUUUUGCAAUCUUACGCGGGCAAAUUUCAUGAAGAGUACAUGUCUCUCAUGACGAAAAAACUGGGAUUAAUGUCCCCCCGUCCUGAAGAUGUCGAAACGCUAGUCAAGCCUCUCCUAGCCCACCUCGCCACCCUUCAAGCUGACUAUACGCACUUUUUCCGAUCCCUCAGUACUGGAUUCACACUCGCUCAGUCAGAUUCCAAACCGCCCCUAUCCGAGCCGCUAGAAGAAUGGUACAACGCCUAUCGAACACGUCUACUCUCUGAACUCGAUUCACAAGCGCAAGAUGUACUUGUAAAAGCUGACAUGGACAGGAUGCAAAGAAUGAAAGCUGCCAACCCAAAGUACAUACUUCGCAACCAUUUAGCGCAGCAGGUCAUUGAUAAAGCAGAGAAGGGUGACUAUGGAGACUUGGAAGCCUAUUUCAAAGUUUUACAAAGACCUUUCGAGGACGGAAGCGCAGAGGAGGGAACAAAGUUUGCGGGAAGUGUUCCGUCGUGGGCGAAAGGCUUAAAGUGCAGUUGUUCGUCAUAGAUUACAGUAGAAAUAUGAGAGGAUUCCAGUUUCAGUAUUUCGCUAGCGAUUAGAAUUCAAUACAGCGAGAAUCAAUUCCAAAA